CACGAACAAGCUAUACAUUCGCACUACUACUACCACCACACACUGCUUCUGAUUUCUGAAUUCUGAAUUUUCCCUUGUCUUGUGUCCUAUGCUUCUCUCUUUCUCAGUACUGCUCGCUCUGCAACUCCAUGCCAAUUUUUCAGGGCUCAUGAUGGACACUUGAACUAGUGGGAAAUAAAGAGGGAGAAAGAGCACAGUGAAAAAAGAUAACCCCACUAGGCAUAAAAGGGCGAGGAGAGAAAAAGAGAGGGGCUUUAUGGAUUACGUAUGAAUUAUCAUCAUCACAACCGUAGCUUUUAAGUUUUUAUCUUUUACAUUUUGGUGGUGAAAUGGGAUUUUUGGGACCAGUUGAGUGGGUUUUACCUUAGGGGUGUUUGGCCUUUUACUCGUAAGGCACUAAUAAUUUGAGGUGAAACAGAAGUGAGAGACAUAAAUGCAGAGAAAUUGAAAGGGAGAAAUAAAGGUAGCCAAAAGAAGGAACAAAAAACAAACUCUUCUUUGUUCUGCUGUCUGAUGCAUGCACGUCUGGUCCUUUGAUCAUGACCACUGAGGGUCUCUUCGCAUGUCGUUUUUGAGCCCCAUCGUGAUUCUAUUCUCAGAAACAGGAGAAUCGAGGGCGAGAAAGCCGGGGAAAAAGUCAUUUUUCUUUCUUUCUUUCCUUCUUUUCUCUUUUUCUUGAACGAAAUAAAGCAACUCCUAUUUUCCUUAUGUUUCUCUAAGUUUCUCUUUGGUUUUGGAUUGGGGGGUCACACAGGAAGAGGUUUCUACUCAUGGAAACUUGUUUGCAAUUUGCAGUUUUCCCCUUUUUUUUUAAUCCUUCACAGAAUUUAUAGCCUCGGUUUAAAGUCGGUGUUGGUGUUGCCUCUUCGAACUUAUGGCCGUGUUUAGUUGGCCAACCUUGUCCUUUCAGGUGAUUCCUGUACACACAAACACAAGCACUGUUAUGAUAUGAGCACUCCUUAAACAACUUAACAAGGUUCUAAACUUGUGGCAUAUUCUGUGUCUUGGUUUCAGGAAACAUAAAAGCAAGCUAAGGUGAUUGGUGACUGAGUGAAUGAGUUAGUGAGAGAAAAACAGGGGUCUAAUGGCAGAUUCUGGUUCCUCAGAAAAGUACAAGAGAUCCGUUUCGUCUUCUUUCUUCAGUUCUCCGAGGUUGUUCACCAAUUUCACUCCCAAAGGUUUCCAUGAAACGGAAACCAUGAUGAGCCCUACCUCCAUACUCGACAGCAAGCCUUUCUCCGGUUUCAAGAACCCUUUUUGGUCUGAAACAAACAGUCCCAGAACUCCAGGGAGUGAACACAAGCGUCACUGGGACAGAUUGGAUUCUAAAGGUGUUGGUCUUGGCCUAGUGGACGCUCUUGUCGACGAAGAGAAACACGGUGAAGUGAGUUCGAAACAUGAGAGUCGAAUGGUUGUAUUUGGAUCUCAGCUUAAGAUUCAGAUUCCUCCCCUGUCUGCAACUGAAUCAUCCAAAUUCGUAGCCGAGAAGGGAAAUUUUUCCCCUGGGAGUCUAUGUAUGGGAAAAUCUGCAUCCGGAGGUGCUAAUUCCCAGCGGAUUUUUAUGGGAUGUCUCUCUGCAAGUGAAAUGGAACUCUCUGAGGAUUACACUCGUGUGAUUUCCCACGGGCCAAACCCGAGAACCACUCACAUAUUUGAUAAUUGCAUCAUCGAGAGUAGCUGCUUCGAACUUGGAUGCUCUGUUAAGGAAAAUGGGUGUUUUCCUCAUCACACAAAUUAUCACUCUCGAAGCUUUUUGAGUGUAUGCUUUCACUGCAAAAGAAACCUUGGAGAGGGUAAAGACAUCUACAUGUACAGGGGUGAGAGAGCAUUUUGCAGCAACGAAUGCCGGUACCAAGGGAUGCUCUUGGAGGAAGAGAUGAAUAAAUUAGAAGGCAGUGAUAUUUACGGGCCAUAGUUUGAUUCCUUUAGCCUCCAACGCCCAAAGCCAUUCGAUGUUUUGCUUGAAAGGGCUCAGAAUAAUACCUUCAUAUUUAUUUUUCUAGGACAAAAAAUGGUCCUUGGAAAUCAGGAUCACUGUACCUGGUUUUUCUAUUUCUGCUUAUGAGUGUGACCCUCUCUGAGAUUAGCAAUGUAGAAGAUGGAAAGGGGAAUUGCAGGCAGAGAUAGUACUGUAGAGGUGAUUUUAUUGAAAUGAUGAAUGAAUUAGGGGAUUGCUGUUGGGUUGGCCACAGUUUUGUAAUGAUACAUGUGUAUGACUUGAUCUUCCAUAUUAUCUUUGUUUA